AUGGCGUCGUUACCACUCCCAGACGGCGAGGACCCCCAUGGCCGCAAGGAGAACCCUAAGCGCAACGGCAGCCUCUCGUACGAGCGGUAUGAGCUGUACAAGGGCAGCAAGACUGUCCAGGAGGCGAGGGAGAACGGGGCCAUCAGAGCGGACUUCGAGAACGACUACAAGAAGGGCUUCCUGAAGAUCGUCAAGCGCUCGGGAGCGGCGGUCGCGGCGGAGGCCAAAGCAGAGCCGAACGCAAAGCCGAAAGCUGCAGGGAAGCAGGCAGCUGCGCCCAAGCCAGAUGCCAAGCAGGACGCUGAGAACAAGAAGGAGUGUUCGAAGAAAGGCGAAGGUGAAACAGGUAAGGCGAAUGAGAAGGGGGCCAGCGUAGCAGAGCCGAGCAAGGAGAACAAAGGCAAGCCCAACGAGGAAGCGGACAAGAAUGCUGAACAAGAUGGCAAAGCCAAGGAAGACAAGCGAAAGAACACCGUGACGGAGAAGAGGGGGGAAUCCCUUGGCAAGUCCAAGGAGUUGGUCGGCAUCCGGCAGCGGACAGAAGGAGUCAUGCAAGUGUUGUUCCAGGCCCGGACUGAGCGCUGCGCCACGAUGGUGCGCGGGCAGGCGGGGGACGAGCGAGAGCGGGAGGGGCGCCGAGGCGAAGGGCGGUGCAGAAGUCUGCCCGCGAAGCCUCGGCACCCCUCCGCCCUCGUCGACGGGGACACCCGCGGGGACGCCCUCCUCGUGGUCGGGGCGGAGGCCAUCCAGAGGGUCCUCGAUGAUCGGGUGCCGCAUUGGAGCAUUCCCGCAGGGCAGCGGCUCCGUGCGAUGCUGGCGAGCGGGGGCAUCUUCGCCACGACGUGCGAAAAGGCAAGCGGCUUGGAGCUCUGCGAGAUCCCAGGCGGCAGCCAGGUUGACGGUCUACCGCUGGCGUCCAGCUCCGAGACGCUUUUGCAGCGGACUCCACCUCCCAAGCGCAUCAUUGAGCCUGGCGCGCUGGACGGGCUGUGGGGUGGUGAGCGGUGGCCGUUGUUUGCGGUGCGGGACGAAGGGCGCUCUCCGGCGCAGGUGCUGCGAGAGUGA